CGAUUGGCUGUUCACGGUGGACCGAUGGGAGUGCUGCAGGUUCUCAAAAGCUUGGGAGCCGAUAUCAAUUUCCUAGCAACAAUAGCGCUCUCUAGACUUCAAGGAGAGCUUGCAAAGGAUGGUAGAGAUUCAUCAAAGAUAUCCCAAAAGAUGCGAGAGAAGUCUCUUACUGGAAAGGCUGCCCUUGUAAAAUCUCCAGAAAAGCCGAAGGAUAAAAGCAUUUUGGCUCAAUUCUGUGUGGACUUAACUGCUCGAGCUAUUGAAGGACUCAUUGAUCCCAUAAUUGGACGGGAUACAGAGAUUCAGAGAAUUGUUCAGAUUCUAUGCCGAAGAACCAAGAAUAACCCUAUUCUUUUGGGAGAACCGGGAGUUGGGAAAACAGCAAUUGCGGAAGGAUUGGCUCUUCGUAUUGCCAAUGGAGAUAUUCCCAUCUUUCUUGUUGCAAAACGUAUAAUGGCACUCGAUGUAGGUUUGCUAAUGGCUGGUGCAAAGGAGAGAGGAGAAUUGGAAGCACGAGUCACUGGAUUAAUUAGUGAAGUCCGUAAAGCAGGUGAUGUUAUUCUCUUUAUCGAUGAAGUUCACACUCUUAUUGGAUCUGGCACAGUUGGAAGGGGAAACAAGGGAUCCGGUCUUGAUAUCUCUAACUUAUUGAAGCCAGCCCUUGGUAGAGGUGUAUUGCAGUGCAUUGCAUCUACAACUUUAGACGAGCACAGAGCACAUUUUGAGAAAGACAAAGCAUUAGCUCGUCGCUUCCAACCCGUAAUUAUAGAUGAACCGAGCCAGGAUGAUGCCAUGAAGAUUUUGAUGGGCCUACAGGACAGAUAUGAAGCUUAUCAUAAGUGCAGAUUCACAUUAGAGGCCCUAAAUGCUGCGGUUUACCUCUCAGCAAGAUACAUUGCUGAUAGACAUCUUCCUGAUAAAGCUAUAGAUUUGAUUGAUGAAGCUGGUAGCAGAGCUCGUAUGGAUGCAUUUAAGAAGAAAAAGGAACAACAGACCUCAGUCCUCUCAAAAUCACCAGAUGAAUACUGGCAAGAGAUCAGAGCUGUCCAGGCGAUGCACGAAGUGGUACUGGCGAAUAAGCUGAAGUAUUCUCCAGGUCACAGCAGUGUGGAAGGUUUUAGUGACGUUGAAGCAAUGGAUGACGUUACCACACCCUCACAAUCGUCUGGGUCUUCAGUGCCAGAUGAUGAUGAACCUGUUGUUGUUGGGCCAGAAGAAAUUGCAACUGUUGCUUCGCUUUGGUCGGGGAUCCCAGUCCAGCAGCUAACAGCAGAUGAAACAAAACUCCUCGUUAGUUUGGAAGAGGAACUUCAUAAACGCGUCAUUGGCCAAGAUGAGGCCGUCAAUGCCAUUUCUCGAGCGGUAAAAAGAUCGCGUGUUGGACUGAAGGAUCCUGGCAGGCCUAUCGCUGCAAUGCUUUUCUGUGGUCCUACCGGAGUUGGUAAAACUGAGCUUACAAAAGCACUGGCAGCAACCUAUUUUGGAUCGGAAGCUGCCAUGCUACGUCUGGAUAUGAGUGAAUAUAUGGAGCGUCAUACUGUGAGCAAGUUAAUAGGAUCUCCUCCAGGGUAUGUAGGCUAUGGAGAGGGCGGUACAUUAACAGAAGCAGUCAGGAGAAAACCAUUCACAGUGAUUUUACUCGAUGAAAUAGAGAAAGCUCAUCCUGAUAUUUUUAAUAUCUUACUCCAAAUAUUUGAAGAUGGACAUCUCACUGAUUCUCAGGGGCGAAGAGUUUCAUUCAAAAAUACAUUGGUUGUCAUGACAUCAAAUGUGGGCUCCAGUGCAAUUUCUAAGGGCAGGCGCGGCAUAGGUUUCAUGCUCGACAAUGAUAAGGAAUCAAGCUCAUAUGCUGCAAUGAAAGCACUUGUAAUGGAAGAGUUGAAGGCAUAUUUUCGCCCUGAGCUACUCAAUAGGAUAGACGAGGUGGUUGUGUUCCGUGCUCUUGAGAAAACACAGAUGAUGGAGAUUCUGAACAUAAUGUUGCAAGAGGUUAAGGGGAGGCUCAUGUCCCUUGGAAUCGGCCUUCAAGUAUCGAACAAGAUCAUGGAUAUGGUGUGUCAACAGGGUUUUGAUAGGAGUUAUGGUGCCAGGCCAUUAAGAAGAGCAGUUACCCAGCUUAUUGAAGAUGUAAUAAGUGAAGCAAUUCUCUCAGGAGAGUUCAAGCCUGGUGAUACUGUUUUGGUUGAUGUGAAUGAAUCUGGAAGCCCCUAUGUGACUCUUAUAGAUGAUCAAACAAUCCAGUUAUCGGAUGCCACAUCGACAUUGUAGGGUCUAUAUAUACUUGUGACGUAUGUUGUAUUAUUGGUUGACCUAAUGGGGUCAAGAAAUUCUUUUUGUAUGUAAGAGGGUUAACAUAGACUGUAUAUAUUUAUCAUAUAGUGAAAUACAAAUAUUUCAUUA